CGUCGUUAAGCAGGGGUACGCAACGUUUUUUUCUGUCCCACACAAAAACCCAACCAUGAAAAACGGUGUGCAAUAAGAAGAAUAAAAAAAUAAAUAAAUAAUAAAAUUAAUGAAGAAAAUUAAAGUGCAAUAAAUUUAUGGAAAUUAUUUAGAAAUGUUAAAAUUUAAAUUGAAGUGUUACAAAAUGAAUCAAAAAUAAAUUAAAUCCCUUUAACCUCCAAGGAAUUAAGAAAUUCCUUUAACCUAAAUUUUAAUGAAGUUCGUUGGAGAAAAAAAUUAUUAAAAUUAAAAAAAGACGAAUUAUCUGUGGCGAGAAACUUGCGAAAAUUCAAUUCACACGCAAAAAAGUAUUUAAGGCAAAAAUUGCAACUAAAAGGUAUUUGCCCUCUGCCAUCGCAAUGAAGUGCUCAUUUCGGGUUUUUCGAUUCUAAUUUAUUUGUGUAAACAUUGACGCGUUUUAAAAAUAAAAAUUCUUGGCACGUUGUUGGUACGCAUAGCACGCGUCAUUGUGUCAUCAACAGUGUCAUCAGCGACAUCAUCAUUAGCUGGCAACCAAAAAUGACAACAAUAACAACAAACCAGGGAACCUACUCCAGAAUACCAACAACAUUAUUUCCAGUAUAAUAAUCUUAAUAGCGAAAAAUACGGUUACCCCUAAAACGUCUUCUUAUUUUCGUUUCAUUUUUUUUUCUUCCCGAAAGUGUGCCAUCACAUACUCCUGCUCCGUUGCUCGUCUAACAAAAGUUGAAUUGCCGGUAGCAUCAUCAUCAUCGCCAUCCUAUAGGUCGUGUAAAAUCAGUCACGCGCCAUACCACGUACAAUACGUGAAAUUAAAAAACAAAAUCAAUGAAGUGAUGAAUUUAUAAGAUUUAACAAAAUCCAAUAAGAUUUUCUCUGCAAUUAAAUUAGAAUCUAAGCAACGGAAAAAAUGAUUAGAAAAAUAUUCAAAAAUUAUUGAAUAAAAAUAUAAAUAAUAUUUAAAAUUAAAGAACGACAUAUCUCCAUUAAUAGUAUCAACAUAUUCUUGUAUGAAAAAUAUUAUAUUGUUGAUAGUAAGUGUUAGUGUUUUCAAUAGAAAUUAAAAUAAAUUAAAACGUAAAAACAACAAAUACAUAUCCAACUUGACCACACACGGAAUCUAUAUAUUAUUAUUAUCCUGCCCCAUACUCAAAACAGAAAAAGAAGUUCAGCCAUUGGACAUCAAACAAAAAUUGUAGCUGAAUGAGUGGUGUUUAACAAUAAAAAAGUAAUCACUAUCACCACCAGCAGCAGUAGCCCCCACUGGAAACGUUAUUUUCUUUUCAAAAACCUUCCCAAAAAAACCAUCAGUUUUAUAACUAAGACUGACAUUUGAAAAUUAAAUCCUUUCUCGUUAACCGUAACAAAAGAUAUCCAUCGCUGCUGAACAAAUGAACAAUCACCUGAAGGAAACUUCCAAAUCAAGUGCUGUGCACUAACGGAGGGCAAAGCAACAAAAAAACAGAAAACAAAGAAGGAAAAAUAAAAAUACAAGUUAAUUAGCGUUAAAAAUAACUAAGACCCCCUUGGAUGAACCACGAACAAAAUAAAAAAAAAAAAAAUAAAAUUGAAAACAACAAGACACAGGAUGAGAGAAUUAAAAUAACUACAAAAACAAAACUGCAGAGGAAACACUAAAUAAAGCUCAAAUAUAUAUAUACAAAAAAAAGAGAAGGAAUAAACACCGGAGAAAACAGAACAACCGAAAAGUAUAUAAAAAUCCUCCAUAAGCUCAAGUGUACCUAAUACAAAACUUAAAACUUAAGCAAGGUAAAACAGCAAAUCUGCCAGCGAAAAUCCUCACCUGACCACUUCUGCGCUGCGCGUCCACAUACAAAGAAACAAUGGCUCUUGUUGCAUCAUUAACAAGCGAAAAUGCUUUUUCUUAACUGCAAUGAAUCGCAAACAACAACACCAACAGCAGCAACAACAGAAAAGUCACUAUUACGACAACAGCAGUGGCAUUAUAAUCAUCAGCCACAGCCACAAUAGUAAAUACAAGGACAACCAAACAAAAAACACCCAUCACAAAAAAGGGAAACUGGGUUCCACAAUCAAACCACGUCACGCAGCAGGGGGCCAAAAUUACGCCACACAUACACACACACACACUCGCAUAGGCUACUAGUAAGUGAGUGAGCGAAAAAAAGGCAAAACCUGGGCCACACACAUCCAUUAAAAUCCGUUCUUAAAUUCCACCAACCACUCUUUAUGUACGUGUGUACCACGAUAUUCAAUCCAACAAGCCUAGACUAGAGGAUAGAAAAAGGUAUUUGGAAAAUUGUAACGCUUCAGAAAUUAAAUUGCAACAUCCGCCAGCAGGAAACAUUAAAAUUGUUCUAGUUUGUUUUGUUGGUUUUUUUGGCUGGUAUUUGUUUUACAUUUUAUUUGAAAACAAAAUCACACACAACCUCAUUCCUGUACAUGCAAAAAAACACGCACACACUCACAGAUAUUCCCAUUUACAUAAACACAUACGUAUGUACACUUUGUGUUAGACCUGGACAAGAGAUAAUAAAUUAUAUGCAGAACACAUGAGCCGAACAAAAUUAUAUCGAAAUAGUUGCAAAACAAACAUAAAAUAAUACAGCCAAACGUUAUAAAAAUAAAAUCACCCGAAAGAAACAACAACGAAAUUCCAUCGACUUGCUAACAUCAAAAAUUUCAACACCAGCAACAAAAACAACAACAACAACAACAACAAAAAUAUAACACACACAAUGAUUCCACACAACGCUGUCGAUGUGGUCUCCAUGGCCAACAUGGAUUUGUUAAAACAACGCCGAAUAUCGAUGCUGUUUACAUGGCGCCGCUGCCUGGGCCUUGUCACACUGCUGCUGAUAUUUGUGGCAAAUCUUAGUUCAACCAGCGCUCAAAUUGAUUGGGACGAUGACGAAGAUCCAGUUUCUACAGUGGCCGUGGAAGCGGUGCUGGGUCGUACAGCAACUCUGCCUUGUGACAUCGAACCGGAAGCCAAGGAUGACAGAGUUUAUAUGGUCCUGUGGUUUCGUGAAAGUGCUGGUAAACCUCUAUACAGUUUUGAUGUCCGGGGGAGACCGUUUGAAAAGGCUCUUUAUUGGUCCGAUACAAACUCAUUUGGUCCACGUGCCUAUUUUGUCACCACCACCCAACCUGCCAAACUACAAGUCGACAAUAUCCAGCUGGACGAUGAGGGUGUGUACAGGUGUCGUGUGGACUUCCAAAAUUCACCAACACGUAAUCAUAGAAUAAAUUUAACGGUUAUUGUUCCUCCACAUCAAAUUCUGGUAUAUGAUGCAUCGGGUCGUGAUGUGGCCGGUGCUGUGGGUCCACUCUUUGAAGGCGAUAACAUUGUGUUGACAUGUGAAGUGCGUGGCGGUCGUCCCGAACCCAUAGUUACGUGGAUGAAUGGCUCCCAACAAUUGGAAUCCGGCAAUGGUGUAUCUAUGGGACGUCACGUUACAGUCAAUCGUUUAGAAGUCCCACACAUAACACGUUCAGCGCUGAACAACACCUACCGUUGCCAGGCGUCGAAUACGAAAUUAGUGCCACCAGUGGAGCGUAGUAUACGUAUUGAUAUGUUGCUUAAACCAACAUCGGUUAGCCUAACGAAUAAGCUGAAGGUGUUUUCCACCGGAGUCCAGUACAAUUUGACAUGUAUAGUCGAGGGUUCAGUGCCGGAUACGGAAAUUAAAUGGACACAAAAUAAUCGACCUUUUAAAAGAGGAACGCUCUCAACCUCCCAAGUGAAUGGUAAAGUGAUAUCAACGCUUACCUUUAAUCCACAACCCGAAGACGAUGGUACUUUACUCAAGUGUGAGGGCUCAAAUCCACGUUUACAAAAUUCAGCUUUGGAGGAUACGCUAAUGCUUAAUGUUAUGUAUCCACCACAAGUGACAUUGUCGUUGGGUUCUACGCUUAAGCCGGAUGACAUUAAGGAAGGCGAUGAUGUAUACUUUGAGUGUCACAUAAAGGCAAAUCCAAAGGAACAUCGAAUUACUUGGUCGCACAAUGGUGUUCCUGUUACACAAAAUGUCUCAUGGGGUAUUAUAAUUUCAACGCGUUCAUUGGUGUUACAACGUGUGGCUCGCGUCCAUGCUGGCCUCUAUGCAUGCUCCGCAGCUAACGACCGUGGAGAGACCACCAGUGCCAUGGUGAAUCUAAGGAUACGCUAUGCUCCUGUUUGCAGCACAAAUACUUUAGUUGUGAUUGGUGCCUCUUUGGAAGAAGCCGUACCCAUACCCUGCCGUGUAAAUUCAGAUCCACCUGAAAUCGAGUUUGAAUGGACUUUUUCCAGUAGCGGUGAACAUUUUGCAGUACCCUCGGCUCAUUAUGCCACAAUACAGGAGACAACCACGACAACGGGAGACAUCCAUCGGACGAUUGUUGAAUCCAACGAUACACAUUUUGAAACUUAUGUAGAGACUGUAAGUGAAUUGAUUUAUACACCAAAAGGCGAACGAGACUAUGGCACUUUGGCUUGCUGGGGUAGAAAUUCAAUUGGCAAACAAUCAGAACCAUGUUUAUUUCAAGUUGUACCAGCUGCAAAACCAGGCGCUUUACGCAACUGUACCCUAAGGCCAUAUGUGGUGACCUCAGCAUCGUUAAAUUCAUCGAAUCAAACAACAAUGCAUGCCAAUCAAAUGAUGAUGCCAACACAAUAUGGAAGGCACGAAACAAAUUUCCCGCAUAUGGAAUUUGUACGUGAGCGACAUAAUAAUAACAAUAAUCAUGCUGCUGAUGGUGGUCCAGCCAGUGGUCGUGGUGGCGCUACUGGUGUUGGAAGGAAUUCCAAACAAGAAGUAAAUCCUGCUUCCCAUGCAAGUAACAAUGGAAAACAUGCUAGUAAAAUCCACAAUAAAAUUAACAAUGAGGGCAUCAAAGGCAGCAAAGCAAAUGGUGCUGGUGGGGCCAGAACUAACAGCAAUAUUAAUCAACAGAAUGUUAUACAACGCCAGCAGCAGCAGCAACAACAAAUGAUACAGCAAAAAUAUCGCCGACCCUUGAGUCCACAACAAAUGCAACUUCUAAAAAAACGCACCACAUUUACCCCCUCCGUGGCCUUGGCCGGUCUCAAGAGACAACAACAAGAUAAAAAUAAACAACAGUUGCCACAAAACAAAUCGUUGUCACCACAAACCCAGCAACAUCGUCCAAAUAACAAAAAUAAAAUUGUUAACAGGCAACAACAGCAACAUUCAAGCGAAGAGGCAACUGCAGCAUCAGUAAUAAAAGCCAAGCAGGGCCCACAGGCAGCCGCACUCACCGCAUCCAAAGCAUUUAUCAAUAAUCAAAGUGAUGGAUUGUCAUUGUCAGCCUCACCGCCAGCAUCUACCACAACGACAACAACAGUGUCAGCCUCAGCAGCCCAGGGAAGCCAUGGUAAAAAUAAAAUGCUCAUAAAUACUACAGGAGGCAACAAGAAAAAACUACUGAGAGCAAAACGUGCUGCUGCCACUGCCAAUGCCGCUGAGUCAAAGCCAGUUGCCGGAAAUGAUAAAAACCACAGCCAUAUUAAGAGCAACGAUGAUGUUGUAACUAAAAUUGCCAAGAAACAACAUCAGAAUGGCAAGAAAACAUCAACAAAACGACACAAUGGAAAAGUUGCCAACAAGCAUGCGGCACAUGGAGGCAAGGAAAAAUCUAAUUUAUCAUUGGGUCGAGAAGCAUCAAUAGAGGAGUCGGCCACAAAAAAGGUAGUAGUCGCCAAAAGCAAUAGGUAUCAAAGCAAGAACAACAGCAACAGCAAAAAUCGUGACAACAAUAAACAUUUGAAAAACACGCAACAACGUGCGAUAAAUACAAUAGGGGCAAUUCAUCAUCGUCAUCAGCAGCAGCGGCAGCAUGAAGAGCAACAGCCAACGAAAUAUCAUCAGCAAACCGGCAAAGAUGUGAGUGUAUCAACUCAUGGGGAAUCAUCAAAAUCUGGAACACUGGCAGGAAAACUUAACCAUUCCAGCAAAUUGCAAAAACGGCUAGCCAAACGAGAUGUUGCUCUACAUUAUCAACAGAAACAACAAGCUGCCGAUGAGGAAUCUAGAGCCACUGCUGUUGGAUCUGAGACAUCAAAAAUAUACUAUCAAACAUUGCAGCAAGAGCAUUUAACGACAGACAAGGCUAAUGAAUAUGACUCUAAUGGUAGCAAGGAGCAUUCCAGCAAUCAGCAUGAAUUUAAUAAUGCUCUGCGACAUACAGCGGCGGGGAAUAUCCAGGGGGCAGGAGACAACUCAAUUGAAUUGCAGGAUAAAAAGAGAAUACGCAAAUCAUUAAAUCCAAAUGAGGAUAAUAAAGAAAUAUUCUAUGCUCAGCUUUUAAGCGAUAACAACAACAAAAAUAACAAUCAUAAGAUAUUCAAUACAACAGCAAUGGCAACAAGUAAAAGCAACAACAACAGCAUCAUUGCAGCAACUGGUCAAACGAACAAAAAUUCCCUAACAUCAAGCAAAAGACAACCAAAGGUUCAAAUGCCACCAAAUAAACCUGAAAUUACAAAUCAAUUGGUCCAGCAACAACAAACACAGAAACAACAACAACAAUACCACCACUUGGAUUCAUUAAAAUCCUACGAUGAUGAUCUCAAUAGCAAGGAGUCUAUAAAUGCCGCUGGCCCUGGACCAAAUCCUUCGGUAGAUGAAAGUGAUGACGACGACCCAACAAUGGCUUUGGAGAGUGUAGAUAUAUUUGAGAAUAAUAUUUUACAAUACAAUAAACACAACAGCAACAAUAGCAAUAGUUUACUCAAUGAAAUUCCCAACCAGGAUGAAGACAAUGAAACACUGGUCGGUCUGGACGAUGAUAAUGAAGACCUACAUCAAACAGCCGAAUUAAUGGAAGAGGAUGAUGAAGAUAUGGGCCUUGAAGAGGAGGAGGACGAUUUAGAUAUGGAAGCUGAUGUUGAUGAGACCGAUGAUGAUUUGUUGGCCGAAAUUGUUGAAGAUUAUUCCUUGAAUGAUUCCAAAGUCCUGGAUGAGGUUUUAUCGAGCCUAGAUAGUGCAAUGCAAAGGCAAAACGUUAAUUAUUCAGCAGUAGCUGCAGCAGCAGCAGCAACUACGACAUCAACGACGACAACAACAACCACAGCAUCAACGUCAACACGAACACCAGCAUCAUCUCUACCCGUAGCCAGUGCAUUGACACAACAGAGGGAUAAUAGCAAUAACAACAACAACAACAACAGAAGAAAUGAACACAAUAACAAUCAGCAAAAUGAUGACCAUCAUCAUUAUUAUCAUCAUCAACAACAACAGUACCUGAAUGGCCACUCACCUUAUCCCCCACCGGCCGAUACCGAGCGUGCCGAUGAUGUCGAUGACAAUACCACCACCGCCGACAACGACAGCCUGGAUACAAAUGAUCUGAAUAAUGAACCACAUUUUGAUUAUUCACGUAUGGAAUAUAGCUUUCACAAUGGCAUUGCUACCCACAGUCUUGUAAGUCCUUAUGGUGGUCCGGUCGCCUCGGCCUCUGACAUGUUGGGUAACGGCAUCGGUGGCAUCGGCAAUGGUGGCGGGGGUGGUACCAUCAAUUUUGACAAUUACGAUAAUAUCAUCUACUCGACCAUGGAACUGGAAUGUAUGCCCGGCUAUGAUGGUGGCCUGCAACAGCAUUACUAUUUGGAAGCGUACGAUUCGAAAACAAAGAAAUUACGUUUGAACACAACGAGCACAUAUGCCGAUGUACCGAUAUUUCGUAUUGAUUUAAGUGAUUUAACACCCAUGGACUAUUAUCCCGAUCCAAAUCCUGCGCUGCACCUCGUUGUGUACAGUGUCAAUCAGAAGGGACGCUCUGAGGCUAUUGUUUUAGAAAAUGUACCAAUUAAUGAGGCAGAAAAACGCUCAGAUGGUCGCAUGGGUUUGUCAAUUCUACCUAUUGCUGCUCUCUUAACCGGCACCCUAUUCACGGUGGGCAUUGCUGUUCUAUUUGUUGUUGUCGUGGCCGUCCGCAAGAGACGCUGUCAGGGUGGCCGUAACAUGUGCGAUGACAAGGAUAAACAUUUGGGAAUGGAUGUUACUGUUACAGCACCACUAGAGACUGGUCCUGGUCAUCAGCGCCUAGUUGUUGCUUACACUCUAAAACAAGGCAUUGAAAAACAACCGGAUAUAUUGAGUGCACAAAAAACGACGACAGGCAGCGUAACUUCAUCACCAUUGGGAAAUCGACCAAGCGGUGGCAUUUUUAUAGAUACCAAUACCAGCAAUGGUGGCGUAGGCUCUAAAGCUGGCAAUUACACAGGCAAUGGAGGUGUGGUGGGUGUGGGCAAUAAUUCGACAACAGGAAACUAUGAUUCGCCAACAAUGAAUUACAAUGAUGCUUCAACCACCGAUCCGUUACAGCAACAACUCAACAGUCCUCCUUCGCAAUCGAGCACAUUGAAAUUGGGCUCGGAUAGCAACAGGAAGCCGUAUCAAACCCCACCACUGCUAUACGAUGCACUCAAUCGUCAUGAUAUCUCACGUUAUGACCCACUGCCAUUGGCCAUGAAUUAUGGGGGAAGCAAUACCACAUUAAGUUCCGGCGGUAGUGCUGGCAACCACUCGCUAACCAACAAUGCAACCACAUCACUUAUGCAGAGCAACCUCAGCAAUGGCCACUAUGGCAGUAAUCAUCAUCACACAUUGCCGCAUCCAACGUCGAUGGCCAUGCAGCAACAGCAACAACAACAACUGGCAUCAAGUGCUACACACCAGGCCAUGGGCUCGGAGAAACUAUCAAUAGCUGAUUAUCUUACGGCUAGUAGUCUAAUUGAUUACAAUCUCAGUAAAGCUGCCACGGGGAUGUUGAGUAACACCAUUACCGGUGCUGGUGGUGGUGGCGGCGUUGGUGGCAUUGGUUCUAACAGUGGCAAUGGUUCUUCCAAUUCAAUUAUGGGCCAUAUGACCCUGCCCAAGGGCUUGGGCUUAGGCUCCAUAAUGGGUGGCGGCAGCACAAAUCAACCGGUCACGGCCCAAACAUCUGCAUCGGCAAGUGCAACGUCAACUACGCCAAACUCGACUAUAACACCUUCAUCUUCCAGCAAUUUAGCCAUAACACAAAAAACCAACACUAAUCGUAAUCAUAUUAUAACGGAUACCCUGCCGGGUCCAGAGAGUUGUGUUUAAAUUUAAAUAAGCCAUAACUCAAUUUUUAGAAAAGCUAAAAACUUUUUUGCCUCCAAACAACUCCUCUAGGGAAAUUUUAUAAAAUUUCCAAUUCAAAAUGAAUGAAUGAAAAAAUUGACGAAUCUAAAUGACGACGAAUGAAGCAUAUAAUAGUACAUAUAUAUAUAGAAGAAAUAUAUGCGUUUAUAUACAAACUAAUGUAUGUGUAAAUAUAUAUUUUAAGAAACAAGACUGCAGUAAACUAAUUUAAAAAAUAACAUAAUUUCGUAAAUAAAUAAUAACUUAAAAAGCAAACAAAAAUUAAAGGAUGUGGAAAAGAGAAAUAUUAAAAAACCAAAUUGAAAAGCAAAAACAAAAACAAAAUAAUUGUUAGAUCAAUGAAUUUUAUGUAAAGGAAACCAAAUAUUCCUAUUAAAUAAUUAUAGUUUUUUUAAAAAAAUAAAUUAAGGACACGAAACAACUGAAGGAUAAUAAACUGCGAGUAAGAAUGAAAACAUGCCAUUUUUAGUUUAUCGAAAAAUCAAAACCAAGCAUUAUAAUCAAUUGGAAAUUUAUGGGCAGUGUAACUUUCAUCAAAAAAGCUCUACCUAUUUCUUUCAAAUAGUUUCCUAUAUUGAUAUGUCAUUUUUCUUCAGCAAUAUUUAAAAACGGCAUUACUUAUCGCUAUCACUGAGUAUUGUGUUUUUAUUAGUCUAAACAUAAUUACAAUGUUCUUGUCCAGAGAAGAGACUUUUAAUUAUUUUAUGGAAAAAAUAUUCUUACAUUUUCGUCUUUGAUUUUUUUCUUGAGAUAUUUUUAAAUAUUCGUCUGGAAUGGAAAAAACGAGGGGAAAACUAUUAGAGAUAUGUGUGUAUGACAUACCAAAGACCCUAAAAGUUAAUCAAAUGUUUGAGUCAAUUUUAAAACUUUUUAUUUCAAUUCAAA